AUGAAAGUGCAAAUGAGAUAUUGCAUGCGAGCGCUCUCUGCCGCGACAAAACGCACCGAAGGGUCGCUGCGCGAGAGACGCGAGCGCGCAUCCCGGAGUCGUUUCGAGACACCUGACGUACAAAGCUUAAAACUACAGAGAGGGCGUCGCGGCGGGGCCUACAAGAUGGCGCACUUGAUUUUCCUGCGUUUCUUUCCUCGAACGUCCCCGUUGGUCGCGCGACUGUCGUCCGACUUCCGCGAUCGGAUCUCCCGCAUCAGAUCGAAGAACACCUGCGCACCACACAACGCGUUACACACACAGAACGGAACACCAGGCACGCGCGCCGAACGGUUUGCCGGACGAGGCCUCCGCAACUAG